UACGAAAAGGAAAAAGGAAGGACAGGGUUUGCGCGUUGGGUAGGUGAAUUCCAAUUUCAACGUUUCAAAUUGCAUACUGUUCUUCUCUUCCUCUCGGUGUCUCCACUGACUCCAUGUCGUCGAUAACGGGCAUCCAGGGCCAACCUCUUGAGGUUACGGUGGUUUCGUGCUCCAAGUUGAAGGACACAGAAUGGAUUUCAAGGCAAGAUCCGUACGUUUGUGUUGAGUAUGGCAGCACAAAGUUCCGAACCAGAACCUGCACAGACGGCGGAAAAAAUCCGGUAUUCCAAGAGAAGUUCAUCUUCCCCCUCAUUGAAGGCCUUCGGGAGCUCAAUGUCCUUGUUUGGAACAGCAAUACUCUCACCUUGGACGAUUUUAUAGGAAGCGGAAAGAUUCAAUUGCACAAGGUUCUCUCUCAAGGCUUCGAUGACUCUGCUUGGCCACUUCAGACCAAAACUGGCAGAUACGCUGGUGAAGUCAAAGUCAUAUUGCAUUACGCAAUUGCAAAUCAUCAAAGGCAUAAAUCAGUGUCAAGCCAUGCUCCAUCAGCACCUCCGUAUGUGGCAACAACAACUCCUCCCGUCCCUUCUUCAUAUUCUACCUCAUACCCGCCACCUCCUUCUGCUACUUCCUACCCACCACCUCCUUCUUACCAUACAACUGGAUCUUAUUCUUACCCACCGCCACCGCCACCAGUAGCAUCCACAGUUUCAUAUCCACUACCUCCAACAGCUUAUCCUCCCUAUUCCUCACAUCCCCCAUCAUCAUACCCUCCACAGCCCUCUUCAUAUCCUCCUCCCCCAUCAUACCCACCGCCUGCUUCAGCUUAUCCUCCACCUCCAUACCCACCACCUGCAGGCUAUCCUCCUGGAAUAUACCCUCCACCGCCAUACUGACUGGGAUCUUCUACAUUCUCCACCAAGGAAAAGGAAGCAACAUCAACAUGCCUUGUACAUCACAAUUCACUAUCCCUGCUUUUCUAUGUUUCUUACUAUAUUUUUACUUCACCACUUUUCUGGGUUUUCAUGCUCCAUAUCCAACGCUGCUGUUUUGUCUUUAAUUGCAACCUAUCCAAAUAUAUAUGCAGGGCUAUUAGAUGGAUUUGUGGAACACAAUUUUGAUGCAACACUACACUUAACACCCUUCUUUGUUUUCAUUUACUCUUCAACGCACUCUCAGCCUUUCAAUGCUUGUUCAAACACCCUGUAACUCGCUUUGUUUUUACUUUUGAGAUGUCUAGCUUGUAAAGUGUGUUUAUACACAUUCAGAUCCAAUUAAAGGGCACAACUUUUUUAUUUUCUCAA